AAAACCCCUUUCCUUUGCCGCCAUUGCCAUUGUCUUCGCCAAAUCUCAGACCACUAUUCUUCUCCAUAGCCCUUAGCUUUCUCUUUUCCUUCGCCUCCCUUCUUCUCCAUCUAUCGCUCUCUGCUACAACCUUCGCCGGCAGGCGCCCUCCACCCAUCGUUAUUGUUUGUUUUCUUCCUUCUUUUUCUAUCUUCCUCUGUUGAACCGUCCCGGCGCGCCGUCCUCUGUUCUGCUGCAACCGCACGACUGCCCACCGCCUUCUUCUACAACAGCUCAUCGUUGAGGAGUAUAAACUAUGGCUGGAGAAGCAGGAUUGUUUGCUGUUCAACAGACCAUUGGCAGUGUCUUAUGUUGCAAAUGUGGAAUUCCCAUGGCACCAAAUGCUGCCAAUAUGUGCGUCAAAUGCUUGUGUUCUGAAGUUGACAUCACAGAAGGUCUACAGAAGCAAUUGACUAUUAUGCAUUGUCCAGAUUGCGAGAGUUACUUGCAGCCACCCCGAACUUGGCUUAAAGCGCAAUUAGAAUCAAAGGAACUACUGACAUUCUGUAUCAAAAGGUUAAAAAAUUUGAAUAAGGUUAAACUGGUACAUGCUGAAUUUGUUUGGACUGAACCCCAUUCCAAGAGAAUCAAGGUCAAGUUGAAGGUUCAGAAAGAGGUCCUACAUGGAGCAAUUUUGGAACAGUCCUACGUCGCCGAGUAUGUUGUACAGGAUCACUUGUGUGAGUCUUGUGCAAGGGUCCAGGCCAACCCUGACCAGUGGGUAGCUUCUGUUCAACUCAGGCAGCACGUGCCUCACCGCCGUACAUUUUUCUUCUUGGAGCAACUGAUACUGAAGCAUGGUGCUGCUGCCAGUGCCAUAAGGAUCAAACAGAUGGAUGAAGGUAUUGACUUUUUCUUUUCUAAUAGGAGUCAUGCUGUAAAGUUUGUGGAAUUUAUUGGAAAGGUUGCUCCAAUCAGGAGCCGCAGCGAUAAACAACUCGUUUCUCAUGAUUCUAAGAGUAACGUUCACAACUAUAAGCACACUUUCUCUGUUGAAAUAUCGCCAAUAUGCCGUGAGGAUUUGAUAUGCUUGCCUCCUAAAGUUGCUGUUAGUUUGGGCAAUCUUGGUCCUCUUGUAAUUUGCACCAAAGUUACAAAUGCGAUUGCUUUACUUGAUCCAUUCACAUUAAGGUACUGCUUCUUGGAUGCUGAUCAGUAUUGGAGGACAUCCUUUAGGUCUCUACUCACUAGCAGGCAGCUUGUGGAAUAUGUUGUAUUAGAUAUUGAGAAUGUUUCUACUGAAGUCAAUGUUGCUGGUUCCAAGUAUAUGUUGGCCUAUGCUCAAGUAGCUCGCGUAUCAGAUUUUGGAAGGAACGACACGAUAUUCUCCAUAAGAACCCAUCUUGGUCAUAUUUUGAACCCUGGGGAUUAUGCCCUUGGUUAUGAUCUUUAUGCAGCCAAUAGUAAUGAUAUGGAGAUAGAAAAAUACAAGGGUCUCGAACUUCCAGAGGCGAUUUUAAUCAAGAAGAGUUAUGAAGAAAAGCGCCAGAGGAAGCGUGGAAAGCCUCGAGCAUGGAAGCUUAAAUCGCUUGAAAUGGAUGUUGAUGAUAGAGGUAGAGCAGAUGAAGAUAAGAAAAACUCGGAGUAUGAACAGUUUUUGAGAGACUUAGAGGAGAAUCCAGAUUUGAGGUUCAACAUAUCAUUGUACCGAAAUAGAGAAUAUCAACCAUCUGAAAUGACUGAUGGGGAAGAUGGACCUUCAGUACCACUUGAAGAGUUGCUUGCUGAUCUUGAUUUAGAUGAAGGAGAUGGAGAUGGAGACGGAAACGAUGGCAUGGACGAGUAAGUAGGCUGCCUGCUCGUCUUUCUUGUUGGAAGUAGUGCCUUAAUUGUUGAACUAUGCUCAUUUUUUUCGUGUUCGUAACGGGUUUGUUAUUGCUUGUAAUUUUCAUUCAUACGGCAUCUGAUUUUUUUAAGGUUUGUUUACAAAAAACGUACAAAUUUAUUGUCAACCAUAUCGGCCAUGUCAUUGUGUCGUUGCUACA